UCGAGAGCCGCAAGUGAGUGAAGAGACUACCCGAAAGAACCGCGCUCUCCACUCAGUCUGUCCGCGGCCGUCCGUCAAGCAGACUUCUCCGGCUCUCUCUGUUUCCCUCCCGGCCGUGCCCGUCGUUCUCCCUGUCGCGGUCUCAAAGAUCUCGCGGAAGACACAUGUCGUCGGCUGGUGCAGCUGCUACCGGCUGUCGUUCGCGCGCUAACGCGUUAAUAUAGAUCCACGAUCGUUAAGUCCGAUAACGUCGUGUCGCGUGUGCAUUUUUUUUUCGGGUUAUUGCGAUUGCGAUACUCGUAUAUGUAUGCGAAAGUGACUCGGCACGCGGUGACAGAGUGUUCAUAGUGUACGACAGUGAUACGACAGCUCAAGAUGUGGUUGAAAAGAUUUAUCUGGAGCUUUUUUAUCGGGCUCGUGGUCGUCAUAUUGUCACCCCGGCGAAUCGUCGACGGCUUUAAUGUGGAGACAAAACACUAUGCGGUGUAUCGUAUGGAGGCGAGAUCUAUGUUCGGCUUCGCCGUAUCAACGUAUCGUGAUAAAUUUGCCCGGGGAUGGGCAAUCGUGGGCGCACCGGAAGCCGAAACUGCGCAAGCCGGCGUUUAUCGAGGAGGCGCAGUUUACAAAUGCGAUAUCGCAGCGGACGAUAGAUGCAACAUAAUCCACUUCGACGAUAAAGGACACAAUCACGUUAGAAAUCCAAAUGUGAUUAGUGGUUUGAGUCAAGUCGACAAUAAGACAUUGCAGUGGUUCGGUGCUACGGUUUCAGCUUCUAACAAGGAUGGAGGUCCGAUUCUGGCAUGCGCGCCUAGAUACAUCUGGUUCUCCGUAUCGCAGCCAAAGUACGAUCCGGAUGACAGUAGGUGGAAUAAAGAAUCUACGGUGGGCAACAGGAGAGAACCGGUGGGCACGUGUUGGGUCGUCGCUAAUAACUUCAACGAAUCGCAGGAAUAUUCCCCAUGUCGCACGAGAUACUGGGGCUACCACAGACAGGGUUCUUGCCAAGCUGGUUUAGGAGCCGCGAUAUCUAAGAAUGGCGAAAGAAUUUUUAUAGGAGCACCGGGCAGUUGGUACUGGCAAGGUCAGAUAUAUUCGAUCGCCACCGCCAUGACAAUGAAGUUUGUAGCGACGAUGUUAGUCACCGAAGCCGAUGGAUCAGGACAAGCGUUUUCGCAGCCUUUGAACAGUCGAUCGAGAAUAAUGUUCACCAAAGAGGGCCCCGCGAAAGAGGAUGACAGUUACAUGGGUUAUUCCGUCGCGACAGGGGAUUUCGUUGGAAAUGGCGAUAGCGGUACAGCAGUCGGAGUUCCGCGUGGUUCCGAUCUCCUGGGCAAGGUGAUACUUUUCACAUCAAACAUGACGAAUCCUCGAAAUCUCACCGGCGAACAAAUGGGCGCUUAUUUCGGUUACGCCGUGGCAUCCGGCGAUAUAGACGGAGAUGGGUUGGACGACCUGAUAGUCGGUGCACCCAUGUACACAGUUCCGGAUAAUCCGGAAAUGACCAUCGAGACCGGAAGAAUCUAUGUUAUCUACCAGGGCGAUGGAGCGGAGAAAUUCCGCAGAUUCGAUAUAAGAGACGGCGAAAGCAACCGCGGACGUUUUGGCUUGUCACUGGCUUCUCUGGGGGACAUCGACCGUGACGGUUACGGUGACUUCGUCGUCGGCGCGCCCUACGCUGGUCCGAAUGGUCGCGGUGCCGUUUACAUUUAUCACGGCUCACGGACCGGAGUGUUAGAGAAGUAUUCCCAGGUAAUCCAUGCGGAGGAUUUAGAUAAUCCGGUGCAGACCUUUGGAUUUUCGGUGGCCGGUGCACUCGAUCUCGAUGGCAAUAUUUAUCCGGAUUUGGUAGUCGGUGCAUACGAAUCGGGAGCAGCAAUGUUCUUUAGGUCACGACCGGUGAUCAAGAUGGACUCCUACGUAACUUUUGAUUCUGAAUCCAAGUUGAUCUCCUUGGACAAUAGAAAUUGCACGCUGUCCGAUGACACCAGAGUCACAUGUCUUCCGCUUAGAGCUUGCUUUAGAUAUUCAGGAGAGGGUGUUCUUAUGAGGCACAAUUUCAACAUACAAUAUGUACUCGAUGUGAAGAAAACGAAGAAUCCGAGGCUGUUCUUCCUGGAAUUAGAGGGCAGGAAUACAAUGAAUCAUACGAUUACAGUCGAACGCGAUCGGCAGUUCUGUCGCACGGUUCAGGUCUACGUGACUCCCAAUAUCCGCGACAAGCUAACAUCGUUGGAUGCCGAAAUGCGUAUGAGUCUGGAAGAAGAACGAAUUACUGACAAUCGCCGUCGUGAUCCGAGAAUGCCGCUUAGACCAGUUCUUGGUGCGACAACUUCCCGGAAAGACACUCUUUCCAUUAGAAAGAAUUGUGGUUCCGACAAUGUCUGUAUACCCGAUUUACAGCUCAAUGUGAGAUCUAACGUUGGUAGAUACUUACUUGGCUCUGGCAAGAGGCUGGAACUCGAAGUUUUGGUGCAGAACGCAGGCGAGGACGCCUUUGAGGCAACAUACAAUUUACAGCUACCGACUGGCAUCGAUUAUAUCAAGAUAGAACGUAUCGAGACUCUAGAGAUUCCCGUUCAUUGUUCUGCGCCCAAGCAAUCAAAUAACAAUACUCUUCGCUGUGAUAUUGGAAAUCCACUGCCGCAGAAUAAACUUGUGAAAUUCAAGGUGCUACUUCAGCCUGUAACAUCACACGGGAUGAAACCCAUCUAUGAGUUCGAUAUGCAAGUCAACACCACAAAUCCCGAAGACCACAUCACCGUCCAUGACAACAGUCAGCAUUUAUCUCUGCCGAUCUGGAUAGAGACGGAUUUGCGUGUCGACGGCGAAAGCAAACCUAAGGAUCUUUAUUACAAUCCCGAUAAUUACACUGCCGUGAAUAUUACGACGGAGCUCGAAUUUGGACCAGCGGUGACGCAUAAUUAUACGAUUCGCAAUCAAGGUCCAUCGGAUAUCAUUGAGGCUGAAGCGUUUCUCGUGUGGCCCGCACAGACUUUAUCCGGAAAAGAAUUGAUGUAUUUGUUAGAACAACCAGAGACUGCGGGACCGAUCGCUUGCGAACCUGCUAAUGCAAAUUAUCUUAGUUUGAAGCUGGAUCAACGCAGAAAAGUGCAUUUAAAUUAUCCCGACUAUUCCGGUGUGAUUCUGGACGAAUCGCAAUCAGGCAGAACGAUCAACGUCCAAAGAGGCUUCGAGGUAGACCGCAAUAAAGUGAAUCAGAAAGAAGAAACCGAAAUCAAUAGCGGUGAUAGUUCGAAUAUUCAAAAAUCGCGACAUUCUUCCUCUUCUUCCUCCUCUUCUUCGUCGAACGUUGUUACCGAGACUAGAAGGAUCCAAUUGAACCCAACGGGAGAGAAACCCGACGUUCUCACUACGACAUAUACGCAGAAUUCUUCCGGAACUAGCUCGAUUGGUACUGGUGAUUUGUCUAGCAAUCGUGGAGUUGUUUUCCACACAGAAUCCGGUGGUAGUUCCGCAACUUUUGGCGGGGGAUUCCGCGAAUCCGAAAAGGAAUCUUUCGGUUCUCGGAGAUUACCCGAUCUUGAAGAGCCUUAUGAGACUCGCAUGAAUCAUUCCGUUAGAGUAGAAAAUCGUUGGGAUGAGAGGGAUAACAUACAAAGCGGACGUACGAUCUCACCUUCGGGAAGAUUUGAUUCGGUUUUAACUGAGAGUGAGAGGCGAUAUCAGGAGCUACAGAAACAGCAGGAGGAGAUUCGCUUACGUCAGGAAGAGGAAGUUCGUCAGAGGAAACUGCAGGAGGAAACACGUCUGAUGCAACGUCAGCGGGAAGAGCAGGAACGUAUCAUUGCUUUGCAACAUCGUCGAGAAGAAGAAGAGCGGCGUCGACAAGAGGAAGAACGACGUCAAGAAGAAAAAGAGCGACGUCGAUACGAAGACGAACGGCGAGAAGAAGAAGAACGGCGAACACAGGAAGAAGAACGACGCCUGCAAGAAGAGCGAGAACACAAGUACAACGAGGAAAGGCGCUAUGGUGUAUUUGCGGGUGAUCACCAUCAAACUACGGAAGAUUUCAUUACCGGCGAUCGUGAAGAGACGGUUGGAGGACGAGAAUUUGGUUUUCGUUUACACAAUACGAGUUCUACGCAAGAAUUAGAACAAUUCUUUGGUACAUUGACAAAAGACGCGGCUGGUUAUCAGAUAUAUAACAGGCAAGGACAACAGUAUGUACAGUUCAAGGCAAGAUUCAGAACAUCUGCCGACAGGAAAGAAUACAUAGAAUUUGAGGAUGACUCUAUAUUUCCUCUUCAAGAUCGUUAUGGCAGACAGAGUUAUGUCUCGGAAUCCACGGAGCCUCGUGACAGUCGAUUUCUCAAAAUAGAAGGCCAGCUACUUAUUACUCCGGACAGUAAAGGUUACAUUGUGCUGAAGGAUGGUCGUAGGUUCCCUCUUCAGGGGUCUUACACGUACACCGAAGAAAAAAGAUAUACACUGCGCGGACCACACAAUGGCUAUCAAGAUGGCAAUGCUGAUAAUCAGAGGACUUACAGUCAAUCUUGGCAAGAAGAAUCUUCUGAUCGUAGUGUGACUUCAGAGGGAAGUUACGAAACCAAAUAUAACACACGUACACAUGAGGAGAGACGAACGGAAGAACGAAUAGGCAACACUAGAGUCUACGGAAGAGAUGAUCGAUUUCAUCGUGAUCAAUUUAACGAUGAGUUCUCUACCGAGAGAGCAAACUCCGAUCUUAUGAGUCCGAGGCACAGACGCGAGAGUGACAUGAUCGAUGUUCAGGAGUUCAAAAAAUUCGAACGACUGCAUAGACAUCGGCGAGAUCUCGAGACGGACGACUUCCUAUCCAAUGAAGCUGCAUUUCAAAAUGAAGAUUAUUAUGAGAACGAUCCUGAAUCGCAGAAUCAACCAGUACGAUCUUGUGACGCAGCAAAAUGUGUGAUGCUGCGAUGUGUGUUGGGUCCAUUAAAGAAAGAUCAAGAGGUCUGGAUUGGCGCGAGAUAUCGCGUAAACGCUAGAACUUUGAAAGAAGUGGCCUUUACGGAGAAGGUGAAAGUGUCGACGAAGCUGGUAGCGCGUGUUACGAAGCAACCAUUCAUCGGUACGCCAGCCGAACAAGUCAUCAGAAGUGACGAAGUUAUCACGAACAUUGAACCUAGCGCACCACCUUCCGCUCCGGACAUCAUUCCAGUAUGGGUAGUAGUUCUGUCGGCCUGCGCGGGAAUGAUAAUCCUCUUGCUGCUCAUCUACUUGCUUCAUAAGUGCGGAUUCUUUAAGAGGAAUAGGCCUUCCGAUGCUCCAGAAAGGCAACCGCUAAAUCGAAACGGUCAUUUUCAGCAAGGCGAGGAUCACUGAACGGUCUCUUUUUCAGUUUCGUUUUAUCGAAGUUUUUGACUUUCUGGCUAUAUUGGAUUGAAUCGUAGACGAGAACCUGUCUACGAGCGAUCAAAGAGUGCCUUGGUCUUUUGAUAAUCAAAAGAACGCACAUUGCGUGGAUUCGCUUGGCGUAGUCUGCGGACGUGGUCCCGACUUUUACCGAAUAUCUUAAUAGCGUUUAACAGUGCCUUAAUCCACUGUCCAACAUGAGCAUCUGCUGAGGCGCAUGGAUUCUGAGUGACAAUCGAUUCGUCACUCUUAUACUGCCACUGAAUACUCCUUCCAGCUCCUGCAGCUCGACCACGCAAGUUUCUAGUCAGGAGACGUUCUUUUUUUUUAUUACCUGUAAUUACUUAAGCCGCCCGUACAGUCGGCAGAUACGAAUAUUUCGACAUUCUUCGGUGAAUCGUAUAUUCAUGUAUAUAAGUAUAUAUAUGUUUUAUAUAUAUAUAUAUAUAUAUAUAUAUAUAUAUUAUUUUUUUAACAUUAUCCGAUAAAACUUUGAUAUGUACCUCGUCGCUUCCGCUGUCUUUUUACGGUAAAAUAGAACUAAUUAUUUUUUUAUCCGCGUCCAAUCGGCACGAUCUCUAAAACGAUCUCGUAUCUCGCCGGUGAUAAUUCGAGCGGAAUUUAUUCGAAAACAUUACGAAUGGAUUUCGUAAAGCUUCUUUUACACAAGAUGGUGAUCAAAUAUUGCAUAUCGUGAAUAUUGAAUUUACACGUCGUGAAAGAUGGCUUAUUGUUAAUUUUUCAGAUGUUUUUUAGAUGUUUCGUCCAAGUUUUUGUAUUGUUUGUGAAUAAUGUAUUGUUAGCAACAUUUCAAGCAUUACUCACGACCCGUUUAAAAGGGAUCUAUAAAUCUCUUGAGAGUAGUCUCGAAGGCGCACGGGGCUCUUUUCAAUUAUUUAUUAAAUUUCUAUGUUAUAUUAUAUAUAUACAUACAUAUAUAUAUAUAUAUAUAUAUAUAUAUAUAUAUAUAUAUAUAUAUAUAAUAUUAUAAUACGUACGCUUGAGCGCUAUAACAAUAGCGUGACUUAUUAUAGUCGCGCGCGCAAGACGCGAAUGUGUACAAUUUGUAAAUUAUUAAUUUACAUUACUAAAAUUAUAUAUAUCCACGAGAAGUAGGUUAACGCAAUAAUAUUCGAUUAGAAAGGAGACUUUUUAGUAUAUUAUAAAUAGGAUAUUAGUGCUGACUUGUACAUACAACGUUAAGACAUAAUAUGAAAAAAAAAUAUAUGUAAUGAAAUUAACACAUCAUUAUACAUAUAUUGCUAAUUUUUUUCUAAUAAAACUGUUAGGCUAAUAGCUUUGAUUAAUAUAAGUAAAAAAAGGAAAAAUAAAUCAGAUAUGAAUUUGUACAACUAUUUAUUGAAAAAUUACAAUGAUGUAACAGAGCGAUCGGCAUGAAAAAAAUGUUUAAUUACCAUCUUAACAUCGUGUGUACUGUAUGUACUCUGUAUUGUAUAUUGAUUGAUCGCAUUGACUGUUUCUACUGAAACCAGUCUAUAACUUAUCGUGCACAAAUUAUAAGAAAAUUCAAGAUAUAAAAAAAUAUAUGUUUUAUUAA